AUGGCUAACAAGAAGAAACGCGAAGCCGUUGCAUCACCCGUGUCGUCCCAGCAGACAACGAAAAAGAAGACCAAACAUGUGUUCGCAAAGACGCUAACGAUAGACGCCAAGACAGCGGGUCUAAAGGACAGAAUUUCGGAGGAUGUCAAGAAAGUAUCUACUGAUAGAACAUUAACAGAUCAUUCAAGCUUAGAAGCUGCAAAAGUGAAGAAGAAAGCAAAGAAGAAAACUAGAAAGAAAGCUGAUGACACCGCGAUGACAAAGAAGAAUGCAAAGAUAGAGGCUAAUAGUGCCGAGAUCGAUGACCUAUUUGCUAUUUUAAAGACAAAAAAGCGGAAGAAGAACAUUGCUGAAGAGAAUCAAAAACUGGCUAAGGAGGUAAAAGAGCGGUGUGAAAAAAAGGAAAGGGAGCGGCUCCAGCAGCAGAUUAAAAAGCUCGAGGCACAGAACACGAACUCAACUGCCUGUGGGUUAAAUCCAGACCCGCGACCUGUACGCUACGACGAAGAUGGAUUACCAAUUUAUACCGAGGCAGCACUUCAGAUCGGCAAGGGUGGCAAUACUCAGGAUUGCCCUUUCGACUGCUGGUGCUGCUUCUAA